AUGACCCUUAAUUGCCUAACUUGCCAGGUCCUCAACAGGACAAACUCCUCUGGCUCUGAUAAUGAUAAUGUACGCAAGGACAAGGCUUAUAGGAAACUUUGUUGUGUAAACAUCAAUAUGGAGAGAAGCUGGUCUGGGAACCUAACUCCGCCGUCUUACGAGCAAAUCCAGGAAUCUUCUAUGUUUAUGCAGGAUAAGAAGAAGGUGAAGAUGUCCCUGGGGCAUCGCCGGCUUAUGAGUACAGGUGGGGUUGCAUAUGAAGGAAGCACCGAACCGCGCUUGGUGAGGAGCUCUGGAAUGAGAAGGGAUUGGAGCUUUGAGAAUUUGGCUCUCCUCAGAAACGAGAAGAAAGGGAGAAACUCUUAA